AUGGCAUCCAACAGCUCUGUGAUCAGUGUUGGGUUUUCUCCAAAGAAGCUUAACUAUCAGGCAAUCAUUGUUCAGGUGCUGAUAGCUGUUUUUCUCUGCAUCAAUCUUUUUUUAAUCUCAACUUUUUUCAGGAGGGAAGUCUUUUACACGACCAUGCGUUAUAUCCUGUUUGCUUUGACUCUACUGUCUGAUUGUCUGUUCUUAAUAAUGACUGACUCUCUGCUUCUGUUGAGCUCUUUUGGUUUCACCAUACACAUGUGGUUGUGCCUUAUAUUGUACAUUAUUCUGUCUGUGUACUCGUUUGUCACACCUAUCACGCUGACAGCAAUGUCACUGGAGCGCUAUGUGGCCAUCUGCAUGCCCCUGCGACAUGCAGAGCUGUGCACGACGCGUGGUGCUUUGAAGCUCGUCUUCAUCAUUCACAGCAUCAGUGCAAUUCCCUGCACUGUCAACCUCUCCAUCUUCUCUGCUGCCGUGUCUCCAUCCAUCUACUCCCAGAGCAGAGUGUGUUCUGUGGAGAUGUUCCUGCUGUUCAGCUGGCAGGGCCAUCUCAGAUCAGCCAUAAGUCAGUUUUACUUCUUAAUUAUUUUCACAGUAAUUGUCUUCUCCUAUGUUCAGAUAAUGAAAGUGGCUAAAACGGCGUCAGGGGAGAAUAAAAAGUCAACCUGGAAAGGACUCAGAACUGUGAUUCUUCAUGGAUUUCAGCUGCUGCUCGGUGUCAUCCAGCUGUGGUGCGGCUUCAUAGAAGCUGCUGUUCUUAGAGUUAAUCUGAUUGUGUAUAUAAAUGUGAGAUACUUUAACUAUGUCAUGUUUUUUCUCGCUCCAAGAUGCUUGAGUCCUCUCAUCUAUGGCCUUAGAGACGAAUUGUUUUUUCAGGCACUAAAAUCUUAUAUUCGUUGUGGCUUUCAUAAAAAAUGAUUUAAAAAAUGGUUAGUUUUUUUUGUUCCACAUAUAGGUAUUUUCAUUUUAAAAAUAUAUACAAGAGAAACAAGUAAGAAUUGUAUAGUGAUUUUAAAAUUCUUCUGAUC